GAUCCCUUCUGCUCAGCCGCGGAUCUUGGGUUCCCGAGGGCCGAGGAGGACCACUCUCCCUGGAGUGCAGCCAGCCUUGCCGAGCAGCUGGUGCAGAGGACAGGAGACGGCGGCCGCGGCUCCCAUUGGUCCAGCGCGUGCCACGCCUCUCGGGGCGGCCCAGAAAAGGAGCCCUGGGCUGCUCCAGACUUCAAAGGUGCAGGAUACCCUGAAAAAUGGCUGAGUAUCUGAGGCUGCCUCAGUCCCUGGCGCUGAUCCGCCUCUGCAACCCUCCGGUCAACGCAAUCAGCCCAGCUGUAAUAAGGGGAAUAAGAGAAGGACUCCAGAAAGCCAAGUCAGACUACACGAUUAAAGCCAUCAUCAUCUGUGGAGCAAAUGGCAACUUCUGCUCAGGUGCAGAUAUCCGGAGCUUCAGCUCUCCCGCCUCUGGCCUCAGAUUGGGAGACACAGUAGAUGAAUUACAGAGAUACCAGAAGCCAGUAGUGGCCGCUAUCCAAGGUGUGGCUCUUGGAGGAGGACUAGAGCUGGCCUUGGGCUGUCAUUAUCGGAUUGCCAGCACAGAGGCUCGUGUUGGCUUUCCAGAAGUCACACUGGGAAUUCUUCCUGGAGCCAGAGGAACCCAGCUUCUCCCCAGACUCAUUGGAGUUCCUAUUGCUCUCGACUUAAUUACCUCAGGAAGACAUAUUUCAGCAGGUGAAGCGCUCAAGCUUGGCCUUCUGGAUGCAGUUGUGAAGUCAGACCCAGUAGAAGAAGCAGUCAAAUUUGCUCAGAAGAUUAUAGAUAAACCUCUAGAACCCCGCAGACUCAUGAACAAGCCAGUCCCAAGCUUGCCCAACAUGGACAGUAUUUUUGCGGAAUCCAUUGCCAAGGUGCACAAGCAGUUCCCCGGCCGCCUGGCUCCAGAGACUUGUGUCCGUUCAGUCCAGGCCUCCGUGAAGCACCCCUAUGAAGCGGGCACUAAGGAAGAAGAAAAGCUGUUUAUGUACCUUCGGGCAUCAGGACAGGCCCGAGCCCUGCAGUAUGCGUUCUUCGCUGAAAGGUCUGCCAGUAAGUGGUCAACUCCCUCAGGAGCCUCUUGGAAAACAGCGUCUGCACAGCCAGUCUCCUCGGUUGGCGUUCUUGGCUUGGGAACAAUGGGCCGAGGCAUUGCCAUUUCUUUUCUAAGGGCUGGGAUCCCUGUGGUCGCUGUAGAGUUGGACCCAAAGCAGCUAGAUCUUGCAAAAAAGAUAAUAACUGCCUCCUUGGAAAAAGAAGCAUCCAAAAUGCAGCAGAGCGGCCGUGCUCCAGCAAGACCCAACCUUAGGUUCUCCUCAUCCACAAAGGAGCUUUCAAGUGUGGAUUUAGUGGUUGAAGCAGUGUUUGAAGAUAUGAACCUGAAGAAGCAGGUCUUUGCUGAACUGUCAGCCCUGUGCAAGCCAGGAACCUUUCUGUGCACCAAUACUUCAGCCCUGGAUGUGGAUGAGAUUGCGUCUUCCACAAAUUGCCCUCAGCUGGUGAUUGGCACCCACUUCUUCUCACCAGCUCAUAUCAUGAUUUUAUUAGAGGUUAUUCCAAGCCGAUACUCUUCCCCCACUACCAUUGCCACUGUUAUGAGCUUAUCAAAGAAGAUUGGAAAGAUUGGAGUCGUUGUAGGCAACUGCUAUGGAUUUGUUGGGAAUCGAAUGCUAAGUCCCUAUUACAACCAGACGUAUUUCUUGUUGGAGGAAGGGAGUAAGCCAGAGGAUGUAGAUGAGGUCUUAGAAGAGUUUGGUUUUAAAAUGGGGCCCUUUAGAGUGUCCGAUAUGGCAGGACUAGACGUGGGUUGGAAAGUUCGCAAGGGGCAAGGCCUUACUGGACCUUCCUUGCCACCAGGAACUCCUGCCCGUAAGAGGGGCAAUAGCAGAUACUCCCCACUUGCUGAUAUGCUCUGCGAAUCCGGGCGAUUCGGUCAGAAGACCGGUAAGGGUUGGUAUCAGUAUGACAAACCACUGGGUCGGAUUUACAAACCCGAUCCCUGGCUCUCCACGUUCCUGUCACAGUAUAGAGCAACCCAUCACAUUGAACCGCGCCCCAUCAGCAAGGAUGAGAUCCUGGAGCGCUGCUUGUAUUCCCUUAUCAAUGAGGCAUUCCGCAUCUUGGAGGAGGGGAUGGCUGCUAGCCCAGAGCACAUUGACGUCAUCUACUUGCAUGGGUACGGGUGGCCAAGGCACAUGGGCGGGCCCAUGUUCUAUGCUGCCUCAGUUGGGUUGCCCACAGUUCUAGAGAAACUGCAGAAAUAUUACAAACAGAACCCUGAUAUCCCCCAACUGGAGCCCAGUGACUACCUGCGAAAGCUGGUUGCCCAGGGAAACCCUCCCCUGAAAGAAUGGCAAAGUUUGGCAGGGCCUCACACCAGUAAACUGUGAUUUAGCCGUUUGCAUUUUGCCACACAUGUUGGCAUCUAAUUUCAGAUUGCUCUGAGGUGAUGAUGAUGAUGAUGAUGAUGACGAUGACGACUGGUCAGCAAAAGCUC